UCAUCCUCGUCCCCUUUGUCACCCUCACCCUUAACCUCGCCCUCGUCCCCUUUGUCACCCUCACCCUUAACCUCGCCCUCGUCCCAUUCCUCAUCCCUGCUUGGCACCCGGCAGCCCCUCCGCAAGGGGGCUUCUUGCACUUCCUGCUGCUGGUAGCUCCAAGCAGGGCCAUGCCGUGGCUUCUCAGCAAGAAGCGACGGCAGUCACCAUCCAGCACCACCAGUGGGCAGCCCUGGGCUGCCACCAGCUCCACCAGCGCCUCCGAGCUCAGGGAGGAGGGGCUGGGCAGGCUGCACCGCGCGGCCGCCCGCGGCGACCUGGCCUGGCUGAGGCGCUGGCGCUGGUAUGUGAAGGUAGUCGGCAUCGACAGGCGAGACCAGGAGAUGCGGACACCUCUGCAUCUCGCUUCGGCAAAUGGCCAUGCAGAUGUCCUUAGAUAUCUGCUAAGAAAGAACAGCCAGCCGAAUCUCGCUGACAACUUGAAGAGAACGGCACUGAUGAAGGCAGUACAGCAGGAGCAGGAAGAAUGUGUUGCUAUUCUGCUGGAACACGGUGCCGACCCGAAUCUGGCAGACGCUGGCGGCAACACUGCCCUUCACCUGGCUGUCCUAUCUAAAAAUACAGCUGUAGCAGGGCUGUUACUCGAGCAUAAUGCCAAUAGUGAUGCUCAGAACCAGAUGGGAUUUACUCCCUUAAAACUUGCAGCCCUCCUACAGCAUGAGGAGAUUCUGGAGUGCCUUCUGAAAAAAGCAGCUGACAGGCAUGCUCAAGCCCAAUGUGAAAGGACUGCUUUUGUGGUUACUGGAACCCAUGAGGCUCACCUGGAGGAAGAUAAUCUGCGCUUGCAGGAGGAGUUGGACAGGGCUGACACGGAGCUGCGGGAGGAGGAAGAAAAGCAUCUUCAGUCUGAGCACUGCGUUCGUGACUUGAAGACUGCCUUGGAUGAUAAAGAAAGAGAAGCAAUAACUUCUUCCCCAAAACUGCAGGACCUCCUGUUGCCAUCUUCCGAGACUAAUACCACUCUAAAACAACUGGAAGAACACGUGCAACAGUAAGAGAGUAACCCAGUGAAGCGAGGUGUCUGUCGCUUUGGGGGAUUGGGUGGAAACAACGGGACAGUCAGUUGGAUUUUGAAGGACACUUCUGCUGUGGAUUCUGUUACUUAGCACAGUUUGUCUGGAACUGGAUUUUCUGGUAAUAAGACCCGUAUUUGUUUUUAAGCCUUGAAAUUCAAAAGACCCGAGUGGAAGCCACUGUCCAGCAACAAAGCCAUAGGAUUGAAGCCCUUCAGAGAGACCUGCAAGCCUCUGCCUCAGUUGGUGAACUUUCCCAGCAGCUGGACAUGGAGCCUAAAACAGGCAUGCAGCUAGAGGACCAAAACCAGACUUUGCAAGAAGAGCUGUCCACUCUGCGUGGGAAGUAUGAAAAACUGGAGGAGAGCAAAUGCCAGCUG